AUGAACGUUCAAAUUAUAAUUUUGAUUGCGGUUACGUUGUGUGCAAAUUUCAGCCAGCAACAAAAAAAUGGCAUCUGUCCAAAAUUGACAAAAGUAAAAAAAAGCCGACUUGUUCCAUACACCUAUAUGAUUCAAAAUCCAUCUUGUGCACCAUAUUAUCGGGCAUACUGUCCCCCUGUCCCUUACAACUACUAUCGGCUCGAAAUAUACACUGACGACGUUGUGACAAACGAAUGUUGCAAAGGUUACGUGGAACUCAGCAAGAACCACUGCAUUCCCCACUGUUCAAAAGAAUGCGUCUACGGAAAAUGUACAGCCCCUGAAACUUGCUCAUGCAACCCAGGAUAUACCAAAGACGUCAAAAACAAGUACCUGUGUAUCCCUAAAUGUUCCAAACCGUGCAUCAACGGCCGGUGCACAUCACCAGAAAUCUGCACCUGCAACACAAACUAUACAAUAAAUUUCAAAGAUAAGUACCUUUGCGAACCCAUUUGCUCCCCAUUAUGCGUCAACAGUAAGUGUACUGCACCAGAAAUAUGUUCUUGUAAUUCCGGUUUUGAAAAAGACCUCCAAAAUAAGUACAACUGUAAUCCGGUUUGUGGUAAAGGUUGUGUUAACGCGAAGUGUACGGAACCAGAAAUAUGUUCUUGUAAUACAGGUUAUGUCAAAGACGCGAGAAACAAGAAUCUGUGCAACCCAGUUUGUACUAAAACGUGUGUGAACAGUAAAUGUUCAGCACCAGAAACAUGUUCUUGUAACAGUGGCUUUGCGAAAGAUGCGGCGAAUAACUAUCUUUGCAAUCCUGUAUGUUCUAAAACUUGUAUGAACAGUAAAUGCACGGCUCCAGAAACAUGUUCUUGUAAUGAAGGAUUUUCGAAGGAUUCCGAAAAUAAAUAUCUGUGUAAUCCUGUUUGUAGUGAAACUUGUGUAAAUAGUAAAUGUUCAGCACCGGAGACAUGUUCUUGUAACAGUGGUUUUGAGAAAGAUGCGGCGAAUAAAUAUCUUUGCAAUCCUGUGUGUUCUAAACCUUGCAUGAACAGUAAAUGUACGGCUCCAGAAAUAUGUUCUUGUAAUGCAGGAUUUUCGAAGGAUUCCGAAAAUAAUUAUCUGUGUAAUCCUGUUUGUAGUGAAACUUGUGAAAAUAGUAAAUGUUCAGCACCGGAGACAUGUUCUUGUAACAGUGGUUUUGCGAAAGAUGCGGCGAAUAAUUAUCUUUGCAAUCCUGUAUGUUCUAAACCUUGUACGAACAGUAAAUGCACGGCUCCAGAAACAUGUUCUUGUAACACAGGAUUUUCGAAGGAUUCCAAAAAUAAAUAUCUGUGUAAUCCUGUUUGUAGUGAAACUUGUGUAAAUAGUAAAUGUUCAGCACCGGAGACAUGUUCUUGUAACAGUGGUUUUGCGAAAGAUGCGGCGAAUAAAUAUGUUUGCAAUCCUGUGUGUUCUAAACCUUGCAUGAACAGUAAAUGCACGGCUUCAGAAACAUGUUCUUGUAAUACAGGAUUUUCGAAGGAUUCCGAAAAUAAAUAUCUGUGUAAUCCUGUUUGUAGUGAAACUUGUGUAAAUAGUAAAUGUUCAGCACCGGAGACAUGUUCUUGUAACAGUGGUUUCGCGAAAGAUGCGGCCAAUAAAUAUGUUUGCAAUCCUGUGUGUUCUAAACCUUGCAUGAACAGUAAAUGCACGGCUCCAGAAACAUGUUCUUGUAAUACAGGAUUUUCGAAGGAUUCCGAAAAUAAUUAUCUGUGUAAUCCUGUUUGUACUAAAACAUGUGUAAAUAGUAAAUGUUCAGCACCAGAAACAUGUUCUUGUAACAAUGGUUUUGCAAAAGAUGCUGCGAAUAAAUAUCUUUGCAAUCCUGUAUGUUCUAAACUUUGCAUGAACAGUAAAUGCACAGCUCCAGAAACAUGUUCUUGUUAUGCAGGAUUUUCGAAGGAUCGCGAAAAUAAAUAUCUGUGUAAUCCUGUUUGUACUAAACCUUGUGUUAAUAGCAAAUGUACCGCACCAGAGACAUGUUCAUGCAAUGCAGGAUUUUCAAGAGAUCUGAAAAAUAAGUAUCUGUGCAAUCCUGUUUGUACUAAAACCUGUGUGAAUAGUAAAUGUUCAGCACCAGAAACAUGUUCUUGUAACAAUGGUUUUGCAAAAGAUGCUGCGAAUAAAUAUCUUUGCAAUCCUGUAUGUUCUAAACCUUGUACGAACAGUAAAUGCACGGCUCCAGAAACAUGUUCUUGUAAUACAGGAUUUUCGAAGGAUCCCAAAAAUAAAUAUCUAUGUAAUCCUGUUUGUAUCAAAACUUGUGUAAAUAGUAAAUGUUCAGCACCAGAAACAUGUUCUUGUAACAGUGGUUUUGCAAAAGAUGUUGGGAAAAAAUAUCUUUGCAAACCUGUAUGUUCUAAACCCUGUAUAAACAGUAAUUGUACGUCACCAGAAACGUGUUCUUGCAAUACUGGAUUUUCCAAAGAUUCGAAAAAUAAAUAUCUAUGUAAUCCUGUUUGUGCCAAAACUUGUGUAAAUAGCAAAUGUUCAGCACCAGAAACAUGUUCUUGUAAUGCAGGAUUUUCUAAGGAUCCCAAAAAUAAGUACGUCUGUAAUCCCGUUUGUACUAAAACUUGUGUAAAUAGCAAAUGCACAGCACCAGAAAUGUGUUCUUGUAACACUGGAUUUUCUAAAGAUCUACAAAAUAAAUAUCUAUGUAAUCCUGUUUGUAGUAGAACAUGUGUAAACAGUAAAUGUUCAGCAUCAGAAACAUGUUCUUGUAAUAAUGGUUUUGCGAAAGAUCCGCGCAAUGAUUAUCUAUGUAAUCCUGUCUGUAGUAGAACAUGUGUAAAUAGUAGAUGUUCAGCACCAGAAACAUGUUCUUGUAACGACGGCUUUGCGAAAGAUCCGACAAAUAAGUAUCUUUGUAAUCCUGUAUGCUCCAAAUCCUGUGUAAACAGUAAAUGUUCAGCCCCGGAAAUAUGUUCUUGUAACAAUGGUUUUGCGAAAGAUGCAGGAAAUAAAUAUUUUUGCAAUCCUCUGUGUUCUAAACCUUGUGUAAACAGUAAAUGCACAGCUCCAGAAACAUGUUCUUGUAAUGGGGGAUUUUCAAAAGAUCCGAAAAAUAAAUAUUUGUGUAAUCCUGUCUGUAGUAGAACAUGUGUAAAUAGUAAAUGUUCAGCACCAGAAACAUGUUCUUGUAACAGCGGCUUUGUGAAAGAUCCGACAAAUAAGUACCUUUGUAAUCCAGUAUGUUCUAAACCCUGUGUAAACGGUAAAUGCACAUCACCAGAAAUGUGUUCUUGCAACUCGGGAUUUUCUAAAGAUCUGUUAAAUAAAUAUCUAUGUAAUCCUGUUUGUACUAGAACAUGUGUAAAUAGUAAAUGUUCAGCACCAGAAACAUGCUCUUGUUACGGCGGCUUUGUGAAAGAUCGGACAAAUAAGUAUCUUUGUAUUCCAGUAUGUUCUAAACCCUGUAUAAACAGUAAAUGCACAGCACCAGAAACGUGUUCUUGUAAUUCAAGAUUUUACAAAGAUUCCAAAAAUAGAUUUUUGUGUAAUCCAAUAUGUACAAGAAAGUGUAUAAACAGUAUGUGCAGUGCCCCAGAUACAUGUUCUUGUAAUCGGGGUUUCGCGAAAGAUCCGAACAACAAAUAUUUGUGCAAUCCUGUAUGCAGUAAAGCUUGUACAAACAGCAAGUGUACCGCACCAGAAAUAUGUUCUUGUGACUCUGGUUUCACCAAAGAUUCUCAAAAUAAAUAUUUAUGUAAACCGAUAUGUUCGAAAGUUUGUGUGAACGGUGAAUGCACAGCUCCAGAAACGUGUUCUUGUAAGUCGUAUUUUACUAAAGAUUCCAAAGAUAAAUAUUUAUGUAAUCCUGUGUGUACCAACCCUUGCAUAAACGGCAAAUGCACAUUACCCGAAACAUGUUCCUGCAAUCCUGGCUUCAGCACAGAUUCUUUAAACAAGAACAUUUGCAACCCCAUUUGUAGCGAACCGUGCAUUAACAGCAAGUGUUCCGCCCCUGAAACAUGUUCAUGUUCUCCUGGUUUCGCCAAAGAUAACACAAACAAAUAUCGUUGUAACCCUGUAUGUAGCAAAGAUUGUGUAAAUGCUGAAUGUAGCUCACCAAACACUUGUACUUGUAAUGAGGGGUAUGUGCCAGUUGUUAACGAUAAAUUUAAGUGUAAUCCUGUUUGUAAUAACACUUGUUUAAAUGGUUACUGUGUCAAACCCAACACUUGUAAGUGUAACGAUGGGUUUGGAACAGACUCUGAAGACAAAUGUGUUCCGAUUUGUCGCGCUCUGUGUCUUUAUCGUGACUGUCCUCGAGACUAUGAAGCUAUGAAUAAUAGGUGUAUUCUGAAGUCUGUUCUUUCACUUUGUACUGACAACACAACUUGUGUGGAAAACUGUGUUGCUGAGGAUUGUGGGGGUAUUUUCAGCGACAUUCCUGUGAUCAGGACCAUCAUCAAUACUCCACUGAAGGUGUUAAUACCUGCAGCUCUAGGUGUGAUAGUUACAAUUUUAGUAGCCAUUAUUGUGGUGGUGAUAAUUUUGAAGAAAAAACGACGAAGAAUUGACGAUUCAAAAUAUCCUAUUGAUGAGAAUUUAAUACGAAACCCAGUUUUCGUCACGGACUCUCUACCAUUGACCGCCACUCUACACAUGGAACUGAACCCGAAACUGGAACUCUUGCCUGGAAAAUAG